AUGUCCAUCCCAAAUGUGUUGAUGGUCGGUACGGGCGAGUACACCACUGGCUUCGUCGGUGGUGGUGCCUCUAACUCGGACAAGAAAGUCGGCGUCGUCGGUCUGACCCUCUUUGACCUUCGUCGACGCGGCAAGGUUGGCAACCUGAGCAUGGUCGGUGUCAACGGCACCAAAUUUCCCGCCAUCCGCCAACAUCUGGACAAGAACAUCACACAGGCCUACAACGGCCUCGACACGAGCUUUGACUCCUUCCCCGAAAACGACGUCAAGGACCCGGACGCGUACAAGGCCGCCAUCGACAAGCUGAAGCCGGGAGACGCCAUCACCGUCUUCACCCCAGACCCGAGCCACCACCCCAUCGCCUUGUACGCCAUCGAGCGCGGCAUUCACGUCCUGCUGACCAAGCCUGCGGUCAAGGAGCUGGAUCACCACCAGGAGCUGAUCCGCCGCGCGCGCGAGAAGAACGUCUACGUCUUCGUCGAGCACCACAAGCGCUUCGACCCGGCCUAUUCGGAUGCGCGCUUCCGGGCCCAGAAGCUGGGCGACUUCAACUACUUCUACUCGUACAUGUCGCAGCCGAAGUUCCAGCUCGAGACAUUCAAGUCGUGGGCUGGUCGUGAGUCGGACAUCUCGUACUACCUCAACAGCCACCACGUCGACGUGUGCGACUCCAUGGUCCAGGCCAGGGGAUACGUGCCCGUCAAGGUGUCGGCCUCGUCAUCCAAGGGCGUGGCCGUCGACCUCGGCUGCGUAGACGAGACGGAGGACACGAUCUCUCUCCUCGUCACCUGGGUCAAGAAGGAUGCGCCUGCGAAGCGCGCCAUUGCCGUCUACACGGCUUCGUGGACUGCCCCCCAGCGUGCCGGCGUCCACACGAACCAGUACUUCCACUACCUGGGAGCCAGCGGGGAGAUCCGCGUAGACCAGUGUAAGCGUGGCUACGACGUAGCAGACGACGAGGCCGGCCAGCUCCAGUGGAUUAACCCGUUCUACAUGCGCUAUGCACCCGACGAGGAUGGCAACUUCCAGGGCCAGACCGGCUACGGGUAUGUUUCGAUUGAGAAGUUCAUUGACGGGUGCCGCGCCAUAAACGACGGGACGGCUACUCUCGAGAGCCUAGAUGCCAAGGAGCUGCCUACGCUGAAGAACACGCUCGCGACCACGGCUAUUCUACAGGCUGGCCGGAAGAGUAUAGAUGAGGGUCGCGAGGUGCAGAUUGUCAUUGAGAAUGGGGAGUGGAAGCUGGUACCUGAGUCCGGCAUGCCCCAGUACAAGGACGUGAUAUUCCCGCAAGAGGAGAAUGCACCGGCACUAUCCGAGCUGCUAGGCUCACUGCGCCGCAGUAACCUGAGCAUUCAUAACCGUCUGGCGUCCAUCUACGCCGACUCACGCUUCGUCCUGCGCUGUGCGCACCGCCUGGGAGGUGGCAGCAGCACUAGCGAUGAAGGCGAUGCAGGGGAGAGGGUGAAGACCAAACCCACAUGCCGCCCCCUGGUGGCCAACGAACGCUGCGGAAGCUGGUACAUCCCCCCCGCAUCGAAGCAGGGAAGCGCCUACUUCAAGAGCACGGACGGGCACGAGCGCGCUUGGAAGUUCAGCACGCGGCGUCUGAACCUGCACCUCGUGGACCUCGUCGAGCUCCACGACGGCAUCAUCGUCGUCGACUCCACGCGCAGGGGGAAGCGGAUGCCCGACGCCCUGUCGGCCACGGUACCGAUCUGGUGCGCCGUGCUGAACCGCGUGCUGCUGCCCUCGCACCCCGGGUCGCGGCGACUGUUCCUCCCGCCUUACUACCACGGAUCGACGCAUGCGCAGAUCGAGGCCCUCAUCCCGGGAUUUGUCGAGUCCCUUGUCGCUCUGGGGCUGGAGAUGCCGACCUCUCUCACGAAGCCGAUGCGACCGUUCUGGGUGACGCGCGACACCGCGUUCGGCUCUGAAGACGGCUCGCCGACGGGAGUGAUAUUCGAGGAUUACCGCCCCGUCGUGUGCUGUACUGCUAGCAGCCGUGUCGUGGCGACCACCGAGGCUGAGGGUGGCGGCGGGUAUAUCCAGGGUGCGGCGGAUGACACGGAGAACUGGGCGCACGGUCUGACACCCGACGUCUUCUGGAGCAAUCUGGAACGGCUGCUGUCUGCGGAGGAGGAUGAGCUGCCGGGGAUCAUCGGGCAUCUUGUAGAGACGAGUCGGACCGACCGGUUGGCCGGCGGAGGGAAUCCGGAUACUGUCCGGCUGACGCCGCACAUCUCGGUGUGUACCUUGCCGAUGCCGCCGGGUGAAGAUGCGUGCCGGAUCGCGCUGCUGCCGAUCACCACAUGCCAGGACACUUGGAUCAAGACGCCGAGGUCGAUGGAGGUCGGGCUGGGAAAGUCCAAGGCUGCCAGCAGGGCACUGCGACUUGCGCUCCCAAAGGUGGCCGAAUUCGUCGCUGCGUACGUGGGUGCCAAGGGGGAUGAUGCCUCCCCAGAUAUACUCAUCGCGUGUGAAUCGGGGAAGGAUCUGUCGGUGGGAACGGCGCUCGCCAUCUCGUGCUACCUGUUUGACCAGGAUGGCAGGAUGCGCAGAUCGGAAGGUGGCACGGCUGUGACGAAAUCGCUGGUCAAGACUAGGUUGGGGGCAUUCAUGACGGCCUACCCUGGUGGGAAUCCAAGUAGGAAUACGUUGCAGAGUGUGAACAGUUUUCUUAUGGACUGGAGGAAUUGA